AUGGAAAAAGCGAAAAAAGAUGUUGGACAGAAAUUCCGUCGUAUUAAACAUAAUCUUGUAAACUCGAGCAAAAUAGAUGAUGAUGACCUGAAGAUCGUCAAUGCCCUUGAGCAUCGAAAUCAAAAAGUCAUCAAUGCUGUCUCCAUAUAUCGAAAGCACGUGUCAAAUACAGUUAAAACUGGUCUUCGGGAGGAAAAUGUGGACAAGCGCCGGAAAAAGCUCGACGAGUUCUCGCUCUGUGCGGAUUUGCGUGACAUUUCAACGGAUCUCGAAGCUUCACAUACCACUUGUCUUCAUCGGGUCAUUCAAAAAAUUAGCCAAGCAUUACAGGUUAUUGUCGAUGAAAAGGUGAAGCAUGACAUGAUGAUCGAAAAACGGGUCCUUGAUGAUUUGGUUCAAUUUCAAGAGAUGGAGAAAGCUUUAUGUAAAAGCCGAGAGCGUUUGAGCAAUGCAUUUACAGAUGUCGAUAUCGCUAAGAAGGCACUGGAGAAAGCAGACAGUACCAGUAGCAAUAUUGUCCAGCUUCAAGACACCUUGGAUGCUUCUCAAUUAAAGCUUGAGAAUCAGAAAGAUAACACCAUCACGGACGUGUAUUCAUUAGCUGCUAAGGAACAGGAAAUCGCCAAGGUUUUCACUGCCCUACUGGAAGAACAACUUGAAUAUCACCGCGUUGCAAUGCGUACGCUUGAGAUGGUUCUGCCCGAAAUCCGGCGUGACAUUGACAAUGCACGUCCUCGUCCAGUAUUCGGCGUUGAUUUGAGUGAGCAUCUUCGUCAUACUCAGGGUCGUGUUGCUUUGGUUUUGGAAAAAUGUUGUACGAUGUUGAGAACAAGCGGAUUCAACGAGAAAGGAUUGUUCCGAGUUAAUGGUAACAAUACAAAAAUUCGGCGCAUGAAAGCAGCCUUCGAUGCCGGUCAGAUCGACAGCGAUGAGCGUGCAUAUUCCCUCGAUCCUCACUCAGUUUGUAGCGUUUUGAAGAGUUACUUGAGAGAACUGCCUGAUCCACUUCUCACUCAUCGACUCCACAACGACUGGGUGAACGCCUCGAGGCUGGAGGACGAAGCGAAGCUGCAGGCGUUUGAGCGGUGUAUAGGCGAACUGCCGGCAUGUCAUCGACACAACCUCACCUACCUCAUCAAUUUUCUCUCUGAAAUGCUGCAGCAUCAAGAGCAGACAGCCAUGAAUUGUAGCAAUCUUGCGAUAGUGUUCGGUCCAAAUUUGCUGGGUGGCGAUAUUGACGGAAAUAAUGCUGUAGGGACUAAGAUAGUUGAAACGCUGCUGAAGAAUGCUCCUCGCCUGUUCGGAUGCCCCGUGGUGUCCAGCAACAGUCACAGUGGCAGUAGCAGUGGAUCUAAUGGCCAACAGCACUCGCACAAUGCACGUCCUCGUCCAGUAUUCGGCGUUGAUUUGAGUGAGCAUCUUCGUCAUACUCAGGGUCGUGUUGCUUUGGUUUUGGAAAAAUGUUGUACGAUGUUAAGAACAAGCGGAUUCAACGAGAAAGGUUAUACUCAUUUCCAACCCUCCUAUUUUUUUGUAUCUUAUCUUAACUUAAAGACCCUGUUCAUGAAAAACGACUUUAUUCUCGUUUUCUUUACUUUCCGUUAUCUGCCUUAUUGCGCAGUGGUUUUCUUCAUUGCUGUUGGAGAAGAUUGUUCCGAGUUAAUGGUAACAAUACGAAAAAUUCGGCGCAUGAAAGCAGCCUUCGAUGCCGGUCAGAUCGACAGCGAUGAGCGUGCAUAUUCCCUCGAUCCUCACUCAGUUUGUAGCGUUUUGAAGAGUUACUUGAGAGAACUGCCUGAUCCACUUCUCACUCAUCGACUCCACAACGACUGGGUGAACGCCUCGAGGUAA